UGAUUUAACCUUUGACCCAUGUGUGCCAUGUGGUUUUUGACUCUGAAUAGAGCACAUCAUAAACAACUUUUGGUAGACUAGACAUCUAAUAUCUACUGCUCCACAGCUACUUUUAGUGUUUACUUUUAUCAUGCUGAUGUGACAAAGUUGGAUAGAAUUUCCUGUGGAUGGACACAUGUACACAUGCACAGUCAUGAGCUCUACUGAUACUGGCACCCCUAGCUCUACCGAUAUACCCAACAGCUCUGAGACUUCCCACUCCAACCCUCCACCUCACACACCACCACCCCACAAUGUACAUACCAGCAAACCCACUAGUCUAAGAGUACCGAAUACUACCUGUGAUGUCAAAGACAUCCCUAAACCCACAUCCAAAGUAGACAACACUACCAUAGAUGAUUCUAGGCCAACCGACUCUGAUGAGGUCGAACUGAUCCCUCUCCCCCCUCCGCACCCAAGAGGGGGUGUGUCCAUUCUAGCACACAAGCUGUGGAUUGGAAAUCUGGACAAGAGGCUCACAGAUCAGAAUAUUCUGAGGUUUGUGACUCAGUAUGGGAGUGUGGUCUCGUUCCGGUUCCUGUUCAAGGCUGGAUCGGAGAGGGCGGAGCCUCGGGGUUACGUCUUCGUUGAGUACUCCUCUAGAGAGGAGGCUGAGAUUGCCAAGGCUGGACUAGAUGGUAAGAAAGCUCUGGGGAAGAAGAUCAUCGUGGACUGGGCCAAGGCUGACUUGGGAAUUAACAAGAAAACAGCUAGCACAGUGUCUGAGACAUGGGAUGCAAGUGCUGUCUCCAAGACUCUGGGAAGUCGAGAAAGCACGACUUCCAAGAUUGCUGCCCUAGAGGCCAAGCUCCGGCAGAUGGAGGAGUCAGACGUCCCCGUCAAGAGACCACGCCUCUCUCCCCACCCCCUCACACACAGACACACUUUAGGUGAUUCUAGAUCUGUAUACUGAACACACUAGCUAGCAGGUAUGGCAUAUGCAUCAGCUAUAAAUAAGUUUUUUGUGUUAUGUCACUUAUUAUGUUGAUUUUAUCGUAUGACCUUGAUCUGGUGUAUUUCUUCAUCAAACAAAAUUG